AAUAUAUUUUAUACUCAGAAAAUACUUUAACUAAUAUGUUUAAGAUUUCAUUAUGGUUCUCUUCAUUAGUCCGGCAGCUGCAAACUUAGUGCACAUGUUUUUUUUUAAAUAUAUAAACAAAGAUGUUCAAGGAAAAGUGUUUUAAAGGAAUAUGCAAUUAGUUGAAUCGAAAAAAUGUGCAACUCACCAGAUUUAGAAACAAUUUUUGGGCAUAACAAAAUUAAACCUAUAAAAUUUAAAGUACCACCUUAUGUGUCCAACAGCUUUAUACAUUUCUCAGUAGAAAAAAAAAGUUAUCCAAACUUUUAUUAAUAUUCAACAUUGUUACAAAAAAACUUUGAUAUGGCGAGCAUAGUACUAAUAGCUUGUUUGGCUGUCUUGGGUCUAAUUAUUGCAAUCGCUCUUUUUCUGGCGGGCGGAUACUUGUGGUGGAGACAUAAAAGAUCCCAAUUACAGUUUAUUGAGCCUAACGAAGACGAGGAAUCCAGUAGUUAUAGUCUUAGGGCUGCUCAGGACAUUGUUGACUCUGGUAAUCCACCUACAAAGCCUCAAGUGCCGACGCCGCAAGCUAUCACGACUCCUCUUCAAAAUAACAUUAACAGGAAAUUAAAUGGCUUUUUAAACCUUAGAACUCCUUUAAUUGGUGGUUCGGGGACUACACAAACAAAACCACAAAAUGCUUCAUUGGUUGGAAACGUUGGUGAUGGCACUACAAAGGAUUCCGCUAAUAAAAGUAUUUCAAUGACAGACAUGUACUUGGAUAGCACAGACUCAAGUGAAAAUGUUGGACAAAUACAUUUCUCUUUGGAAUACGAUUUUCAAAACACAACGUUAAUUUUGAAAGUUCUUCAAGGAAAAGAGCUACCAGCGAAGGAUUUAAGUGGUACUUCUGAUCCAUAUGUUCGCGUAACCUUGUUACCAGAUAAAAAACAUAGAUUGGAAACCAAAAUAAAACGGCGAACUCUAAACCCGCGAUGGAAUGAAACAUUUUACUUUGAGGGGUUUCCCAUUCAAAAACUUCAAUCUCGUGUAUUACAUUUACAUGUGUUUGAUUACGACCGGUUCUCAAGAGAUGACUCCAUAGGAGAAGUAUUUCUUCCCCUAUGCCAGGUUGAUUUUGCUGGAAAGCAGUCCUUUUGGAAGGCAUUAAAACCCCCUGCCAAGGACAAAUGCGGAGAACUCCUUUCAUCACUUUGCUAUCACCCGUCAAACUCAAUUUUGACUUUAACACUGAUUAAGGCGAGAAAUUUAAAAGCUAAGGAUAUUAACGGGAAAUCUGAUCCUUACGUAAAAGUUUGGCUUCAGUUUGGAGAUAAAAGAGUAGAGAAAAGAAAAACGCCUAUAUUUACAUGUACAUUAAAUCCAGUGUUUAAUGAAUCAUUUAGUUUUAACGUUCCAUGGGAAAAAAUAAGAGAAUGUUCCUUGGAUGUUAUGGUAAUGGAUUUCGAUAACAUUGGGAGGAACGAGUUGAUAGGACGAAUAUUAUUAGCUGGUAAAAAUGGUUCUGGAGCAUCAGAAACUAAACAUUGGCAGGACAUGAUCUCAAAGCCCAGGCAAACUGUAGUACAAUGGCAUCGCUUAAAACCUGAGUAACUUUAAUAUUAAAUCAAAGAAACCAUAAUAUUAACACCAGUGGGUAUAUCGCAUAAAAAGGUACAUGUACAUGAUAUAAAUAAGUUGAUUUAUACUUGCAUACAUAGCAAUGUCAUACAAAAUUAAAAAAAUUCAAAUCUGCACAAAGCUAAUGUUAUUAUGUUUGAAAAAUAAAAAAAUAACCAUCAAAUUUAAAUAAUGUAAUUGUUCUGAUGAGAACAAUAGUUUUAUACAUGCUUAUAUGUAGAAAAAUGUUUUGUAUGGACAAAAUAUGAAUUAUAAAACACAGUCCCAUUUGUUCAUUAAAAUUUAUAAAACAAAUAAAACCUAUUUUUGUUAAUUUCUCAUAUACUUUUAAUGCUUUACAAUGCUUCAAAACACACUAAUCAUAUACAUUUUAAGUCGAGGCUAUUCAAAACAGAUCAUUCCAACAUUUAAUAAAUAGGGAAGUUAUAAAAUUAAAAUGAAUUAUUUUUGGGGAAAACUAGUUUUUACAAGACCCGAUAUCGCUGUUUUAAGAAGAAAUCGGUAAGGGUAUUGUGUUGAAUUAUUAAUUCUAUCUAAUAAGACGUUGGAUAUGUCAAUCGAUGUAUAAUUCCGAGAAAGACAUCUGAUAAAUACAAUACAGUGAAACCAAGAAACUAAUAAAAAUGUAUAUAAUACGAUUGAAUUGUUAAAUUAUAACAUUAAAAUAGUCUAAAAAUCAAGAAAUGAGAUUGUUACAUGGUUUUAAAAGAAAUAAAAUGGAGAAAAAAUUUAUAUUAUUCUUAAAUAUUCUUUAAUCGCAUACUAUAUCGUAUUAUAGAAAUGUAGGUUAUUUGAAUAGAAAAUGAUUGCAUUAGCACAAUAAACCAGAACAUAAACAUUUUUUAAAGUGACUAUGAGAAAAUUAGCCAACCAUUGCCGGAAUAAGCGUCAACAGCGAGAAAACAAAAUAUGAGAAAGUAAGAGAGAGAAGAAAGAAUUAAAAUAAUAUAUUUAUAAUUGAUAAUUGAAACUGAGUUUAAAAAACGAAAAAUCGAAAAUACAACCCACCUUGAAAUUACAUAUUUGUUAUAUACCUGUUACAAUAUUAUUAAACUAAUUUAUUCAUAGCAGCAAAUAAAGCAUUCAAUAAGAGUCAAUAA